AUGGAAACAUUCUCUCUAUUUGACAACAAAGGGGAUGGCAAAAUAGCUGUCAAUCAGUUGGGGGAAGUUUUAAGGGCCAUGGGGCAGAAUCCAACAGAAGCUGAAGUCAAGAAAUGUAGCUUCAAUAAAGAACCUGAAAGUCGAAUCUCUUUUGAAACAUUUUUGCCUAUUCUGGUGACAAUCAGUAAAAAUAAGGAGGCCCCAAAAGUUGAAGAUUUUAUUGAAGGAUUUAGAGUUUUUGAUAAGGAUCAAAAUGGAACCAUACACUCUGCCGAAUUGCGCCACCUUCUGACUAAUUUAGGUGAAAGGUUGACGGAUGAUGAAGUCAAUGAACUUCUCCAAGGUCACGAAGAUGCGCAAGGAAAUGUAAACUAUGAAGAGUUCAUAAAGAAAGUGAUAACAGGCUAG